AUGACCUGUGGUGGACUGUCAGACAAAGGCGCGUCAGAGUAUUGGCGCAAACUUGCCAUUGGCCACAAGGGUCUCGACUGCUCUUUCUCGCAUGUGGGUAAUCUUUGCUGGGCAGACGAUCAAUCUGUCAUGGACCGCAUCAUGCAAACUGGGCAACAGGAAUGUGAUCAGGCACAAAGUAGCUUUCACCAUGAAACUGUCUUUCACCAUGAAAAUGUCCAGCGUGACCUGUUUAUUUCUGCUGUAUUCGGUGGACUUGGGUUUUAG